ACCUCCCCGCGGGUCUCGCGAGAGCCUGGCGCGCGGGGCCGGGGGGGCGGCGGGAGCCCCAGCGCGAGCGGCGCCAGCGCGAGGAGCCGGCCCGGCUCCCUCAGGCUGCUGCAGGAUGGGUGACGACAGGCCCUUCGUGUGCGGCGCGCCGGGCUGCGGACAGAGGUUCACAAACGAGGACCACCUGGCGGUUCAUAAACACAAGCACGAGAUGACAUUGAAAUUCGGCCCCGCUCGCACCGACUCCGUCAUCAUCGCAGAUCAGACCCCGACCCCGACGCGGUUCCUGAAGAACUGUGAGGAGGUGGGACUCUUCAACGAGCUGGCCAGCUCCUUCGAGCACGAGUUCAAGAAAGCUGCUGAGGAUGAUGAGAAAAAGGGCUCGGGGGCCCUGGACAUGUCCCUGCCCUCCACGCCGGAGAUGAAGAUCAAGGAGGAGGAGCCGCUGGAGGUGGACUCGUCCCCCCCGGACAGCCCCGCGUCCCGGCCCCGCUCGCCCCCGCGCCACGACAAGGAGGGCCCCUCCAAGCCCGUGAUCCUCUCCACGCCCACGCCCACCAUCGUGCGGCCGGGCUCGCUGCCGCUGCACCUGGGCUACGACCCCCUGCACCCCACGCUGCCGUCCCCCACCUCCGUCAUCACCCAGGCCCCCCCCUCCAACAGACAGCUGGGGUCUCCCAGCGGCUCCCUCCCGCUCGUCGUGCAGCUCGCCAACGGCCAGACCAUGCCCGUGCUGCCCGGGCCCCCCGUGCAGAUGCCUUCUGUCAUCUCGCUGGCCCGGCCCGUGGCCAUGGUGCCCAACAUCCCUGGCAUUCCCGGGCCCCCCAUCAACAGCAGCGGGUCCCUCUCGCCCUCAGGCCUCCCGGUGCACUCCGAAGCCAAAAUGAGGCUGAAGGCCAGCCUGGCAGCGUCGUCCUCGCUGAACGGCAGCAGCCUGGUGGUGGGCUCGGCCAGCACCAUGGUGACGGCGCGGCCAGAGCAGAGCCAGGUGCUGGGCCAGCACCCCGACGCCCCCUCCCCAGCCCAGCCACAGGUGUCCCCUGCCCAGCCCACGCCCAGCACGGGCGGGCGGCGGCGGCGGGCGGCCGACGAGGACCCGGACGAGCGGCGGCAGCGCUUCCUGGAGCGGAACCGCGCGGCCGCCUCGCGCUGCCGGCAGAAGCGCAAGCUCUGGGUGUCCUCCCUGGAGAAGAAGGCCGAGGAGCUCACCAGCCAGAACAUCCAGCUGAGCAACGAGGUGACGCUGCUCAGGAACGAGGUGGCUCAGCUGAAGCAGCUGCUGCUGGCCCACAAGGACUGUCCCGUCACCGCCCUGCAGAAGAAGACCCAGGGCUACCUGGAGAGCCCCAAGGAGAGCUCGGAGCCCACGGGCUCGCCCGCGCCCGUCAUCCAGCACAGCUCGGCCUCGGCCGCGCCCAACGGGCUCAGCGCCGCGCGCUCGGCCGCCGAGGCCGUGGCCACCUCGGUGCUGGCGCAGAUGGCCGGGCAAAGGACAGAGCUGGCCGUGCCCGUGGCCUCGCACGUCAUCAUGGCCCCACAGUCGCAGUCUGCCGGCAGAUGAUGGCCCCGGGCCACGGACUGAGCGCGGCCCCGGGCCGCGGGACCUUCCCUUUCCUUUCGGGGUUUUAUCCCUUCUGUUCUGUUCUGUUCUGAGGUAAGGGCAGCUCUGCCGCUUUCCCCCGGCGCAGCCCCCGCGAAGGGCGGGCUCCGGGGCUCCGUGGCCAACACUAAACUGCGGGCGAGCCCCAGGCGCUGUCCCCGUGCCCCAGGCAGGGGGCUGUGACACUCCGUGCUGGCCCCGUGCCCCGGGCAGGGGGCUGUGACACUCCGUGCUGGCCCCGGGCAGGGGGCUGUGACACUCUGUGCUGGCCCCGUGCCCCGGGCAGGGGGCUGUGACACUCCGUGCUGGCCCCGUGCCCCGGGCAGGGGGCUGUGACACUCCGUGCUGGCCCCGUGCUGCUCCCGGGCUUGUCCCCACUCCCCACAUCGUUGCACCUUCCCCAGGAGCCUCCCGGAGCUCUGAGCUGACGGGCGUGCAGGGCUCCUCUCUGCCCCAGCCGUGGAUUUUGGGAAGCAGCACUGCUCUGGGUUGAGCCCAGCGGCUGGGGCUGGGGACAGGGACGGGCUGGCAGGGCUGCUCCCGCGUUCCCAGGAAACGGGGCUCGGGUGCCGCCGGGACUGGGGCGCGGGAGGGCCCAGCUGGCAGUGACAGAGCAGCCCCAGCCCCCAGCCCACAUCAGCUCCCGCUCACGGACCUCGGUGACCUCAGCAGUGGUGGCCUUAAAUCAUGGAUUGUGGGGAGGGAACGGGAGCGGGGCCGGGGCGGUGACAGAGCCGCCGGAGCGGCUUCCAGCCGGAGCAGACAAAGGAUCCCCGAGCCUGGGCAGGGCCAGAUCCCACCCUGCGCGCUGAGGAACUGGAGGGGUCCCCUGUCCUGCUGGGUGCACACCGGGCUCUGUGCCCUGUGUCCCUGCCUGGCUCCAGAGCUUCCCCAGGCACUGCUGCCAGAGCUGGGAAUGGGGAAUGGGGAGUGGGGAAUGGGGAGUGGG